AUGGCCAUAAACCCAGUUGAAGAGGAAGAAGAACGUGAAAACGUGCUCAAUUUCCCAGUGAUGUUGCUCACAGGUCACGAAAGUGAAGUGUACUCAGUGGAUUUUAGCCAAGAUGGACGCUACCUGGCGUCGUCAGGGAAGGAUAGACAGAUACUGCUGUUUGAAGCGUUCGGAGAGUGCAGGAACUUUGGAGUGCUGGCAGGACACAAAAACGCAGUUUUGGAAAUACACUGGGCACAAACGAGCAACCACCUGUACUCGUGUUCAGCAGACUCAACAGCCUCAGUCUGGGACGUAGCAUACAACAGAAGGCUGCGAAAACUAAAAGGCCACAGCGCCAUCGUAAACACGUGCGCUCCAGCAAGGAACUACUCAGGAGGACUGCUGGUGACAGGGUCGGACGAUGGAACGGUUAAGGUGUGGGACUCGAGGCAGAAGGGAUACUCAAACUCUAUUUCGCACGACUUUCAAAUACUGGCAGUGACCACAGACCCGUACUUCAAUUACAUAUACUCAGGAUCGCUGGACAACGUAAUCAGAGUAUACGAUGUAAGAAAUGAGUCGAAGGUGGUUUUUGAACUAGGGUGUUUGGACUCGAUCACAAGUCUGGACCUGAACAGCGAUAGCACACUGCUCUUGUCAAACAGCAUGGACGAACGACUAAACAUAUGGGACGUGCAGCCCACGGGAAAGGGAGCUGAGAGGUUGAAGAUGACGCUAACGGGGCCGACACACAACAAUGAAAAAAAUUUAAUUAAAAGCCACUGGGGAAGGAACUCGAUAGUAUGCAGUGGGUCAUCGGACCAAUUCGUCUACGUGUUCGACACAGUGGACCAGAAGCUGCUGUACCAGCUUCCAGGACACCUCGGGACGGUGAACGACGUGCAACUGCACCCGAACUACCCAAUCGUGGCAUCAUGUUCAAACGAUCGCACAAUAUACCUGGGAGAAUUGUAA